AACCCCAAAGUGCUGCCAGCCUUCGUCUCUUGGUUUUGCAGCCAGUCGCUUAUCUUUCUUGGCUAUUCUCUAACACCCCUUCCACGAAUCCGUCGAAUUUAACAUGGGCAUUAUUUCCGAGGUCACUAAUACCGAGCUGCCGGUGACGUGGGAGCGUGCGUGCACAGGCAAGCAUGUCCCGCUGCCGGCACCAGGGACAAACUACUUUGACGCAGUGCGUGAAUCAACUGCCCAGUUCAUCAAGAGCAACGGACAGGCUCUGGUUACGGUCGAUGAGGCAGCAGCAAAGACGUAUGUCGACAGCUUCAAUGUCGAAAAGUUUGACCAGUACGUCACUGAGGUCAAUCAGUGGACACGCAAGCUGCCUCUCAAGUUUGACAACUUUGCACAGGAACUGAACAUGUUCUCCAUCAUUGACCUUUUGCAGAUCGGGAGCGGAUUCCGGCGCGACCUGCACGCAGCGUGUGGCCGGGGGGCCUCCGACACCAUCGUGUUUGGGUGUAUUUCGCUCCAUAUCUCGCAAACCCCAGUUGAUGCCAAGGGCCUGCAGGAGCUGACCCUAGGUGAUAUCUCGCAGCACUUUGGCAUUCCGCUGUUUGGCGAUGAGAAGCCGAUGCGGGAGGGUGUCACGGCCGUCACUGUCAGCGAGGCAAGCCCGGUGCGGCCGCUGGCUGAGAUCAUCUUAGGAAUCCUGCAGGACACUGGGCGCCGGCUGGAGCAGUUUGGGUUUGCGUCAUUUGCCGAUUUCAUUAUCAAGAUCUGUACCGAGCAGGCAACGGCGAAGCACCUGGUGGAGAAACUUGUCAAUGCCUUCCCGUCUCUGCGCGAUGCUGCCGAGAUCAAUGGCAAGCCAGUCUACCUCUUCAAGAAGGCACAGCUGAUUGCGUACGACGUGUUCCAGCGGUUCAAGGACUCGGAGAAGAUCUUCAACUUCCCAGAUAUUGCCGAGAUGACCCUGUUCGCUGAUAACGUGGUCCCUGCAAUGGUGCAGAACCACGGCAUGAUGACGCCAUGCGAUGCGAUCCAGAAGAAGAUCGAUAGCAGUGAGGAGCUGACACUUGAGGAAACCACGGCGAUGCGAGCUGCGUCUAUUGUCGCUGCGCAGCUUGUCGUUGACUACGCCAACAGCGCUGAGUGCAAGACAACCCCUGGAAAAUUCCCGAUCAACCAGGCCACUCUGGACAACUUUUGGUGGAAGGAGGGCAAGGAUCCUGAGCUUCGCAAGAUCAACCGACUGGUGUGCAAAAACACUGUCUACUUCUGACACGGCUUUAAAACCAUUUUGAAAUAAUUUAUAGACACGAGUACAACUAACUAGAGAAAGAGAU